CGUUUUAGGCUUUCUUUUAAAAACUUGCCUGAGUAGUCAUUACUUACUUGAGGCUUACUUUAGCCCCAGGUACGUUGUUCAUCACAUUCUCUCACCCAUCCCUUGCUUGCUUCAGCCUGUACCUGAUUAUUUACUGUUGAUUGCAUCCUUGAACCUGACCUAAAGUACUAUAAAAACCCUGUGCGCUUACUUCUUCAGUACAUUCUGAAAUAGAACUUCAAGUGAACCGAAAGGCAAUUUGAAUAUUAUUUAUCGCAAAGAAAAAAAGUCAUAGCUAAAGGUAGAGAUGGGUAAUAAACAACGGAACACCGCUAAAGGCUCAAUCGCUUACAACCUCUUUAUGUAUCUGGGGGAAUUGCGACGUCCAGCGAAACAGCCAUUGCGUCAGAGUCAGUCGAAAAUGGAGUUGACAUUGUGUCUUCUUAGAACAAAUUUGAGGAACCUAUCCAACUUUAAUACGACAGAAUUGACGGAGCUCAAUCAGUUGUUGGUGCUUAAAGAAGAUUUGCGCAAGGAUAUCCAGAAUAAGACGGUUGUCAAGAAACAGAAGAAAACGAAAGAUCGCUGGCGCUUAGCGUCGGUGUUGGAAUAAUACUGAUUAUUUGCUCAAAAUCAAUAUAUGAUAUAUCCUUAGAUUCCAGCUAAAAUUUUCUAAGAUUGUUAUGCACAGAUCUCAAAAAGGGUACUAAGAUUUCUUCAUCAUCGUCAUCGACACAUGUCUGGC